AUGGCAGAUAAUGCCCCAAUCGAUAUUAUUCGGUCUCAUCAAGAUGACUUAGAUCGAGAAAGUGCACGACAAGAACAAAAAUUGCAUCCUCACUCGCCCGCGGUAGAACCCGAUGAAAAAUAUGAACGCGAUGUGCCUCCAGACGGCGGGUACGGCUGGGUCUGCGUGGCCUGUGUCUUUUGGAUUAAUGCCCAUACUUGGGGUAUCAAUAGUAGCUACGGGGUGUUCUUGAGCCAUUAUCUCUCUCAUAAUGUAUUCCCGGAUACAUCACCACUCUUCUAUGCCUUUACUGGCGGAUUAAGUAUCUCCUGUGCCCUGCUAGUAGCACCACUAGCCACACACUUCAUCCACAAAUGGGGCACACGCUUUGUGCUCAAUCUGGGGAUCUUCUUCGAGACCCUCUCCCUCAUUGGAUCUUCCUUCGCCACCCUGAAAUGGCACAUCAUGCUGAGCCAGGGUGUCUGUUUUGGCUGGGGAAUGGGCUUCCUAUUCGUGGGAAGCGUGGGAAUCGCCCCGCAAUGGUUCAACAAACGUCGCAGUGUCGCCAUGGGCAUCACUGCCGCAGGUUCGGGUCUCGGAGGCCUGAUUUACUCUCUGGCAGUUGGGGCCAUCAUCCCCCGAUACGGCCUGGGCUGGGCCUUCAGAAUCUUGGGCAUCAUUUCCUGCGUCGUGAACUUGGUCUGCUGUAAUUUGCUCCGGGAUCGCAAUAAGGCUGUGGGGAGUAGAUUCACGGCCUUCCAUUUGCCUUUGCUGCGUCGACCUGAGUUCUUGCUCUUUUUGGGUUGGGGUGUGUUCAGUAUGUUGGGUUAUGUGGCGCUGUUGUUUAGUGUGGCCAACUUUGCUUUGUCAGUGGGCCUUUCUUCGCAUCAGGGGAGUAUUGUUUCGGCAUUGCUGAAUCUGGGUCAGGGUCUUGGUCGUCCUUGUGUAGGGAUGUUCAGUGAUCGCUUGGGUCGCAUGAAUAUUGCCACUUUGCUCACUUUCCUAUGUGGCUUGUUCUGUCUGGUCAUCUGGACUUCGGCUGAUAAUAUGGGGGUCGUGUGCUUCUUUGCUAUCUUGGUCGGUACGGUCUCGGGUACCUAUUGGGCUACUGUCUCGCCAGUGCUGGUGGAGAUUAUUGGCAUCAGGGAUCUUCCGUCGGGCUUGAGUAUCACUUGGAUUACACUGGUUUCCCCGUGUACAGUCUCUGAAGCCAUUGCACUUCAGCUUCGCAGCAGCUCUGGUGGUGGAACUUCGUAUCUCCGAGUUCAACUGUUUACCGGAUUCAUGUAUAUUGGUGCUGCCUUGUGCCUUUGGCUGGUGCGUGGGUGGAAAGUCGGCGAGAUUGAACGUGCGCAGCGUGAAGAUGCCAUGCCUGUGGCCCCCUUGACCAAAGCUGAAAAAGAAACAACCGGGUCUGUGGUAAAUACUCCUGCAGAGCCCGUUCAGACGGCUCAGUUGUGGUCUCCUGUCAGCUUGGUGCGCAGGAUGGUUACCAUGAAGCGGGUCUGA